AUGAUGAACUUUAUCGAAGAAGACAUUGAAUUGUCAGAAUAUGAUAAACAAUUUCAAUUUCAUCAUUCCCAAUAUUUAUCCCUUCAAUCGACGUUAAAAUUACCUCAUGAUAAUUUCGUGGAUGAUAUUGUUCUUGAUCAAAAUAUCUUCGGUGGGAUCUUAACAUAUGCCCAUUUUCCUCAUUUCAAUUGUUUCAAUCCUGAUAAUUAUAAUAAGGAAAAAAUCGAUAUUGCAAUUUUAGGUGCUCCCUUCGAUACGGGUGUAAGUUAUCGACCUGGGGCAAGAUUUGGUCCAGAAGCGAUCAGAAGUAAUUCAAGACGACUUAUGAAGGGUGUAAAGACCAGUAAGAAGAAAGCAUACCCUAGAAACCCUUAUGAUUCGUCUACUCAUAAUUAUACUAUUAUAGAUUGUGGUGAUGUACCAUUAACUCCGUUUGAUAAUAGAUUAGCUUUGAAUCAAUUAUAUCGAGGUCAGAAUUCAAUUCAUACAAAUUAUAAAUCUGAUAAUGGUAAUAUUCCCAAGAUUAUAACUUUAGGUGGAGAUCAUACAAUAACUCUUAUGCCAUUAAAAUCGAUUUCAAAUCAUUUAAAUCAAGCCAUUACUAUUUUCCAUUUCGAUAGUCAUAUUGAUACUUGGAAUCCUAAAAUUUUAGGCGGUGGGAUCUCGAAUUAUAUGUCUUUGAAUCAUGGAACUUUCUUACAUUAUGCUCAUGAAAAGGGGUAUAUCGCUACCGAGGGGAAUUAUCAUAUUGGAAUGCGAGCACCGUUGAUUGAUGAAGUAUAUGAUCAUGAGCAUGAUUUAGAAUGUGGAUUCAAUGUUAUAACGGCUGAUGAUAUUGAUAAGAUUGGUAUUGAUGGGAUAAUUCGAAAAUUAAAAUCAUCCAUCAAACAUGACAAUGAUCCUAUUUAUAUAUCGGUUGAUAUAGAUGUAUUGGAUCCCGCCUAUGCUCCCGCUACAGGAACAAUGGAAGUGGGUGGGUUCACUACUAGAGAAUUAUUAAGUAUAUUAAAUGGUUUAAAGGGGAUAAAUCUUGUAGGAGCUGAUAUAGUUGAAGUAAGUCCUCCCUUUGAUACCAAUUCUGAAAUUACAAGUUUGGCCGCAACUGCUAUAAUUGAUAGUUUUUUAAAAUUAAUGAUUAAUUGA